CCCCCCCUGCCCCCUCCCGCCCGGUAGUCCACAUGUAGCAAGGGUAGAAGAAAGUGUCAAGUGUCCAACCAACUUAUUACGAACAUUUGGUGGUGUAUUUCACCUUGAGCCGGUGUCCAGGAUGCCUCCCAAGAAGGGCAAGAAAGGCAAGAGCAAAGGGGACUGGGAUUCCGACGCCGAGGAGAAGAAAGUAGCCAGUGUGGUGGCGGCAGACAGCGAGGAAGAAGGCACAGCAGCAGGGCAGAAGAAGGCCAAGAAGAAGAAAGGAAAGGGCAAGAACGAGGCUAGCGACGAGGAGGAGCCCGUGAGAGCUGCGCAGGUGGAUGUUGAUGAGAAAAAGAAGGGCAAGAAGAAGAAAGGGAAGGGCAGGAACGAGCCAAGUGACGAGGACGAGAGCGUCAAGAUAACGCUAGCUGACGGAGACGAGAAGAAGGGCAAGAAGAAGAAAGGCAAGGGCAGGAAUGAUGUCAGCGACGAGGACGAUGUCAAGGCGACUCUGCCUGACAAGGAUGAGAAGAAGGGCAAGAAGAAGAAAGGUCGAGGCAAGAACGACAUGAGUGACGACGAUAAUGCCGACGACAAGAAGGGCAAGAAGAAGAAAGGCAAAGGCAAGAACGAUGCGAGUGACGAGAAUGACGAGCCCGUGAGCAAAAAGAACGAAGGGGCUCAGAAGAAAGGGCAGAAGAAGAAGAAAGGGAAGGGCAAGGAGGACUGGAGCGACGAGGAGGAGGUGGAAGACGUGACCAACCCCGCUGGCGAGAGCGACGACGAGACCCCCAAGGAGAAAGCUUCUUCCAAGUUCACGAAGAAGAAGAGAGAGAAAAAGAAGAAAGGUAAAAGAGACGAUUGGUCCGAUGAUGACGAGGACGAGAACCUCGCCGAGAAGAUGAUCAAUUUGGACCUGGAAGACGGAGCCGAUGAAGAUGAAAUCAUUUUAAAACAAAGCAUAAAUCUGAAGGCAAAGCAAAAGAAAAAGCGAGAGAGAAAGAAAAUUCAAGAGGAGGAGGAGGACGAGGAGGCAGAUGCCGAGGACGAGGAUGACGACACGCAGGAAGAUAAAGAAAAGGAAGUUGAAGUGAAGAAGAAAGUGGGGAAAGGCAAGUCCAAGCCACAGGGCAAGGAGUUGCAUGAACACAUAACGGAAGCUACCAGAUCCAGCGAGUCUGAAGACGAAGAAUCAAUGGAAAGUUUGGAAUCCGAGGAUGAGGAGCAAAUUAUAGAAUUCAAGAGACCUAAAAGCGUAGAGAAGAAAGAGGCAGUAAAGAAAGAAGUGAAGAAAGAGGCAGUAAAAAAAGAAGUGAAGAAAGAAGAAGUGAAAGAAGUGAAGACAGAGGCAGCGAAAGAAGUGAAGAAAGAGGAGGUGAAAGAAGUGAAGAAAGAGAUGGUGCCUGAGCCCAUGGAAGACACACCCCCACCCACACCUCCUAAGGAAGCUCCUCCAGUCAUGCAGGAGGAGUCUGAAGAAGAGGAGGAGGAGGAGGAGAGCGAAGAAGCAAAGCUCAAAAAAAGGCUGCUAGCAGAAAAAGAAGCCUUAAAAAAAUUGUCUCACAAGGAGAGGAAGAAGGUGAAGCAGCAGAUGGAGUAUGAGAGACAGAUGGAGGCGAUGUUGAAGAAGGGAGGGCAUGGUACCUCCUCCUUAGAUGACACAUUUGCAGUCUCCCAGGCUGAAAAGUCUGACAAGCAGCAAUCACAGUUGGAAAAUGCAGUAGAUAUUAAGAUUGAAAAUUUCAGUAUAUCGGCCAAGGGAAAGGCAUUGUUUACAAAUGCAUCUCUCUUGAUUGCAAAUGGACGCAGAUAUGGCCUGGUUGGUCCGAAUGGGCACGGCAAGACAACUCUUCUGCGUCACAUACAAUCCAGAGCCCUCAACAUUCCACCAAAUAUUGACGUUUUAUAUUGUGAGCAAGAAGUGAUUGCUGAUGACACCCCUGCCAUUGAUGUAGUUCUUCAAGCGGAUAAGAAACGUGUUGAGCUUUUAAAGGAGAAAGAUCAACUAGAAGGCAACAUGAAGAAGAAGAACAAGGACGUUGACAUGGAUCGUUUACAAGAAGUUUACGAUGAGCUGAAGGCCAUUGGAUCAGAUAAAGCAGAGCCCAAAGCCAGGAGAAUCUUGGCUGGUCUUGGGUUUACACGUGAGAUGCAAGGUAGGGCAACAAAGAACUUCUCGGGCGGCUGGAGAAUGAGAGUGUCCUUAGCCCGUGCUCUCUUCAUGGAGCCAACGCUCCUCAUGCUUGAUGAACCAACAAACCAUCUCGAUCUGAAUGCUGUUAUUUGGCUAGACAAUUAUCUUCAGGGUUGGAAAAAGACACUGUUGGUUGUUUCCCACGACCAGUCGUUCCUUGAUAAUGUGUGUACGGAUGUCAUCCAUCUAGAUCAACACAAGCUGCAUUAUUAUAAGGGGAAUUACUCAAUGUUCAAGAAGAUGUUGGUGCAAAAGAGGAAAGAGCAAGUAAAGGCGUACGAAAAGCAAGAGAAACGGAUCAAGGAAAUGAAAGCUUCUGGAUCCUCAAAGAAACAAGCGGAAAAGAAGACAAAGGAAGUGCUCACCCGUAAGCAAGAGAAGAAUCGCGCCAAGAACAAGAAAGAGGAGGAAGAAAAUGGACCAACUGAAUUGCUUGAAAGACCUCAAGAUUAUAUUGUGAAAUUCUCCUUCCCAGAGCCACCACCACUGCAGCCUCCUAUUCUUGGACUCUACAAUGUUUGCUUUAAUUAUGAAGGCCACAAGCCACUCUUUAAAAAUGUUGAUUUUGGUAUAGAUAUGGACACAAGGAUAGCAAUAGUUGGGCCAAAUGGUGUAGGCAAAUCAACAUUUUUGAAAUUGCUUCUAGGCGAGCUAACUCCAAGAGCAGGUGAAGUACGGAAAAAUCAUCGUUUGAAAAUCGGUAGGUAUGAUCAGCACUCUGGUGAGCAUUUAACUGCUGAAGAAUCCCCCUCAGAAUAUCUCAUGAGACUAUUUAAUCUCCAAUAUGAAAAGGCUAGAAAAGCUCUCGGCACAUUUGGCCUUUCAUCCCAUGCACAUACCAUUAAGAAUAAGGAUCUUUCGGGAGGACAGAAGGCGCGAGUUGCCCUGGCUGAACUGUGUUUGUCAUCACCCGAUGUUCUUAUUCUUGAUGAACCUACUAAUAACUUGGAUAUUGAGAGUAUCGAUGCUCUUGCUGAAGCUAUCUCCGAGUACAAGGGAGGAGUGAUCAUAGUUUCUCACGACGAACGCUUAAUCCGUGACACAGAUUGUAAUUUGUGGGUGAUCGAAGAGCAAACAAUUAAUGAAAUUGAUGGAGGCUUUGAUGAGUAUAGGAAAGAAUUGUUGGAAGAACUUGGUGAAGAGAUUAAUAACCCCAGUAUUUCUGCUCAUAAUGCUGCCGACCUAUAAACUUCCAUUAUAGUAUUGAUAAUAUCCAUAGAAUUACAUUUAUAUUCUCCAUUUAUUAACCAUUGUGUAAUUAUGUGGAUACAGUAUAUUUAUAUAUAUAAAUUUUCCUUUUGCUUCAGGUUACGGCUUAAAUACCAUCUUAUUUGAAAUAGGCAUCUUUUACUAUAAUUGUGUGACAUUUGCCAUUUAAUUUAUUUAGACUACAGUUUGAAAUUUCUUGUUUUCUCAAUGUUCUAUUAACUUUCUCAAUAUGAUGAUGCUCAAUUAAAAUUUUCUUAUUGUAUGAUUUUUUAAAUGUACAGUAAUUUCAAAGAUGACAAAAUGCUUGUUGGGGAUAGUAAGGUGGUUUGGGUUACAAUACAUUAAAUAUAUUACAAGAUCAGUAGCUUUGUAAAGUCUUUUUGCUCUGUCAUUUGUUUUUUAAAAUUAUAUGCCUAUUUUGUAUUUUUGCAUAAUAUCGUGCUGAACUUUGUUUUAGAUACAGCAAUUGUAUGCUAAACUUACCUGCAGGUAAUAAAAAGGACUUCUUGA